CCAUAGCUGCCUCCUGGGCAUUGAGGCUUGUGGGCGGUGCAGGGUGCAGUCAGGGCUGCCCUGGUGUGGUUGCCUCAGGGGAGGGUUUCAUUUCUUGUCCAUCCUCUCAAUCCCAGGUGAUGUCGGACCCCCAGCAGCAGCCCAAGAUCAUGGCUAAAGUCCCCAGUGAGGUCCGAGUGCCACCCAGGACCCGGUGUCCGCUGUGCACGGAGCUGUUCUUAGCUCCCAAAAUCCUGCCAUGCCUGCACACCUUCUGCCUGCCCUGCCUGGAGCAGCUGGAGCCCUUCUCGGUGCUGGGCUUCCAGGGAGAUUGCAGCUCGGACUCCAGUUCAGACCGUUCAUGCCUCCUCCGGGACCUGCCACAGCCCCUGCUCAGCAUCCUUUGUCCCGUCUGCGACACGGAGGUCGAUUUGCCCCCUGGAGGGAUUCAGGAACUGACCACAGAUUACCUGGCCCUGAACGAGGUGCUGCUGGAGACGCUGCAGGCACAAGGCCAUGGGGUAGUGUGUGAUCUCUGCGUGGAUGGGGAGGCAGCGAAGCGCUGUCACACCUGCAAAGCCAACCUCUGCCACUUCUGCAGCCAAGCCCACAGGAGACAGAGGAAAACAGCUUCCCAUGCUGUGGUGGACAUGGAGGACCUGAAGGGCUACAACCGGAUCGGGAAGCCCAUGCUGUGCCCAUCCCACCCCUCCGAGGAACUAAAACUGUUCUGUGAGCGGUGUGACCAGCCUGUGUGUCGGGACUGUGUGGUGGACAAGCACCGGCAGCACCCUUAUGACUUCACCAGCAACGUCAUCCAUAAGCAUGGUGACUCCAUGAGGGAACUCUUGAAGAGCACCCAGCAGCAGGUGGGCACCCUGGAAGAGGCACUGCAUCAGGUUGAAGGGGUGGGCAGCACCAUCCACAGUCAUGCGGAGGCAGUGGCUGCAGAGAUCCACGCAUUUGCAGAUGGAUACAUACGGGCUAUUGAAGAGCACCGGGACCGGCUGCUGAAGCAGCUGGAUGACUUGAAGGUGCAGAAGGAGAACCUGUUGCACUUGCAAAAAGCACAACUGGAGCAGCUGCUGUUGGACAUGAGGACGGGGGUGGAGUUUACAGAACACCUACUGACCAAUGGCUCUGACCUGGAGAUCCUCAUCACAAAAAGGGUGGUGGCGAGCCGGCUGAAGAGGCUGAUCAGAGUGGAUUACAGUGUGCACCCUGGAGGGGAUGAUGGGAUCCAGUUCUCUCCCCAAGAGAAGGCUGGGCAGUACCAUGGCUAUGAGAUUUUUGGGGCUGUUGUCAACAAGGCAGUUGAUCCAGCCAAGUGUGUCCUGCAAGGGGAAGAUCUCCACCAUGCCCGUCAGAAUCAGUCAGCCAGUUUUACUCUACUCUGCUAUGAUGCACUGGGGGAGCAGAUGGGGAGAGGAGGAGAGUUCGUCAGGGUCACAAUUGUUCACAAGGAUAAGAAGGACUGUGCAAUCAAGCCAGCCAUCUGUGAUAAUGGCGAUGGGACCUACCAUGUUUCUUAUACCCCAGAGGUGCUGGGCACAUACAUUGUCUGCGUCUCUGUCAAAGGGCAGCAUGUGCAGGGCUCUCCAUUCACUUUAACUGUGAAGAACAAAUUCCGGAAGCACCAGGGUGUGUUUCACUGCUGCACAUUCUGCUCCAGUGGAGGCCAGAAAGCUGCUCGCUGUGCCUGUGGUGGGACCAUGCCAGGUGGAUUCCAAGGCUGCGGCCAUGGGCACAAAGGUCACCCCGGUUCUCCCCACUGGUCAUGCUGUGGAAAAGUUGUUGAACACUCUGAGUGCCCCGGUGGGCCACUGGGUAAGACUCUGCAGCGGAGCCUGCUCAGAACUGUAGCACUUUGACAGAUGACAAAGUCCCCACAGACCUGGAGUGUCUCUGCUGGCUGGGACUCAUGUCUGUCUCAGCAGGGUCACAGAGACGGUAUGUGUUGCCAGGAAGCACCUUGCUGAGACACAGAGCUGCUGUGGGGUGUGCUAGGAAAGAGAGACCUGUUAAAAUAAAUACAUGCCUUAUAUUUUGCCUGGGGGAUAUCUGUGAGCACUUGUUUUCACAUGUGGUUAGAAUGAACUGUGGGAAGCACAACACUGACUGCUGCUCAGUGAGAACAAGGAAUUUGGUAACUAGGCACUGAAUUCCAAUCCCAAGUGAACAGUCAUGGGGAGGAAGGAUCAGCACAUGCAGGAAGGUGAAGUUACCUCCCAGAGAGGGUCAAGACGCAUCUUGUUCUACAAGGUUGACAUUCUCUGCCUCUGCUCCCUUUCUCUGUUCUCAGCACAUAGUUGUGAAGAGACCAAAGGUCCUGGUUUGGUUGCAUUCCUAGAGCUUUUCUGUACAUGCUUAGGAAAGGCUUGGCACAUGACUUAUUCCUUCUGCCUCUGCCAGACACAGUACUAGAUUCUGAUCUCAUUUGUGUGGAUACAUCACAAUUGCACUCAAUAGAUCCACUAUUUUGCCUGCAAGCUGUACUCUCCCUCAUGCCUCUAGGUGUGCUGCCUCAGCCUGAUCUUUUUAGGUCCCACAAACUACACAGAAUCAGGCUAGAUUGAUACCUGGUUAUGUAAAAUCCAGGGGAAGCCUCUGGGACUGGAGGAGAGGGUGUUGAUGAUUAAGUUAGAGGGUGCGUUACCAGCUGAGUCAGUGUUACACCUGUUUUGCACUGUGGUGGUAUGAGACACUGCAGCUGGAAAUGGAGUGAGACACUGAAGUGAAUGCACCUGUUGCACGUGGAGAAGCUGGGGGCAAUCUGAGUGCUCAGGUAUGCCUCCUAGCAAGUGGCAGAAGAGGAGCUUCCACAGAACUUUGGCCAGUGUAGAAAACCAGCAGAAGAAAUUACCUGAAUUGAGCCAUGCCCCUUGCUUUAGAUCACAUGAGCUUCUUGCUUCUGCUUUUUUGGUUCCUCUUUGGCAGAGUCCCAUAGGGAUUAUGCUGUUUUUCAUCUGCAGGGUGGCAUUACAUUCUUCUCACAGCUGGGAAAGCUAGAAAAGAGAAAUGGCUUCCCCUUCUUUGUAGGCCACUGGGACAAAUGCAGCAGGAUGUCGUUGUAAGGCUGAACUGUGACUACAUUUGGAUUUCACCUACUUGCCUGAAGUGCUUGUUAAUAACAGGUCUAAAUGCUCAGGAGUUACCUAGUGUUUUGUGGAAUUAAAACUUUUUAGCAUUCACAUUUAAUAACUCUCUUGUAAAGUUACUAGGGACUUUGGUUUGUUAAUUCUCUUUCUACAUUUUAAAUCAGCUGAAUGUGAGCAGUGCCCAUUAAGCUUUGGGGUUCCAGCCCCUCGUACCCCAGCUGCUAGUUCCCCUACUCUGCAGUAAGUCCCACUGCUGCCAUCUGUGUGUGUGCUGGGUCCACGUAUUGACAUGUUGGACCCUUGGGAGUAAGGUAUGCUCUAUGCCCAGACUUGAACAAUCUGUCAUACCCAGGCAGAUGUGCGUGGACUCUUAUCACUUGCACAAAUCUUGUGAGGAGGUAGUAUAUUAGGGCCCACCACAGAAGCAGCUGGGGUUCCUCAUGCAAUCCAGGACUGAGAAGGGGACCUGCUUGAGGUGUGGACAGAAAUAAACCAGUCGGUUUUAUUGAGGUAGGGGCAGUACACAAGUUUACAUAGCAACAGUGUGAUUCUUGUUUAUGAAUAAUAACUGUCAUAAAUAUUAACUAAUAAAAAAUGGUUGGGGCAUUGCUCAGCCAAGCCUU